CAAAAUGGCAACAGGCAAGGUCAGGACUCCUUUGGGGCCUAGAACAUUGUUCUGCAGCUUCAGUUCAUAUUGAUCAAAAAGCAUUGGGAGUUCUAUAAUUUUCCUUGUCAGGUUUUCUGCACCUUAUACUGAACAGGGGUCCACACCACUAGGUGGACUUCACAAGCUGUGUUUAGAACUGUGUUCUUCAAAAUCAGCAACCUGAAUUCUGUAGGAUCUGUGUUCUUGUAGACUGCCUCAUGCAUUGUAUCUUUUUUUUUUGACACUUCUGAUCUUCCUUCUGGAUGCCAGAUACUUUCCCCAUGUUUGGUCACCUUCUCCAUCUUGGAGAUGUAGAUAAAUGCAUAGAUUCUGGGAAUUUGAGAAUUCUCGCAGCUUUCCUAGAAGCUGUCUGCUUCUGUGUUCUUCACAACUGUCCAGUCAAAGACCAGCUCUGUCAAGGGCCUGGUUGUAUUUUCAGUGGUGGCCACCCUUCAAAGCUUUUAGUAUGGAGCAGAUGUGCAUGAAGGGAGCAGUGCUUUAGAAAUGUUGAGUGUGAACCUGGGUUAGGGGUGAACCAUCACCAGCAGCACUAGUAAUGUGAACAGUAAUGGUGAUUGCAGGCCCUACGCCUCCAUGUUGCCUACCCCACCUCCAGUGACCUGACCCCUAUGUUGCUUGUUUCCUCCAGCCCCCACCCAAAAAAACUCUCACCCAUCCAGGAAGCAGGUGAUUUCACAUAGGAGGGAGAGAUGGGAGCUGUGACCUGGAGAGAUACUUCUUGAAGUCAUAGUUUAAAAAAAAUCAGUUAUUCCAACUUAUUGUCAUAUCUCCUGCUUAUGCAGGUUUUCUCUGGUGAUUUAUAAUCCGGUGGUUCGACACUUUUUUCCUCCAGCGCUACUAGGGGAUGCACCAUGCCCCCAUCACUGACAGUGGCUUAUUGCAGUUAUGCCUCUCAGUUUUGAGUUGCAUAGCAGGAUCUUGUUAGAGAUUGAGGACGGUAAGGGAAUAUGCAACUUGAGAAAACUAUUUCCUCAUUCUUAUAUUCCCCAUCCCAGAAUUGCUGGCCAUAAAUUGUAUAAAGGAAAGCAAGUUUAAGGGGAUAAAAAACCCUAUUUACUUUUUCCUGAAUAUUACCCAAUGAGCUGUUAAAGACCCCAUAUGAGACCAUCAGAGAAAUCUGUAGUUACUAGAAAAAAAUAAUAAAUGUCUAAGUUUAUUAGAAACUUUCCAGGCAAGGGGGUGACUGGUUGGAUGAGUUCCAUCCAAUAGAUUCCCCUAUGGUGUUGAGCUGUUAGGUUUCAUCAGGUUUUGUUUGGAUUGUUAGUCACAAGGCAGAAAUUAGAAUUUGAGAUCUAAACUGGGGUUGGUCAGAAUUUGUGAACUAGGAGAGUUGCUGAAAUGGUUUGUAUUUGACCAGGUUAUACCUGCGCUUAUCUUUCUGGAACAUGUGGGUCCACCAAGCAAACUGUUGCUCAAACUGUUUGAGCUUAAACAGUCUUUGUGUUUUUAAGUUUGUGGUUUCUGUACAGCUUAUCUGUUUGCAAGAUAAAAUUGUAUCACCUGUCUGUCUCUCAGUCACAGCUUUUGGAGAAUGCUUCAACUACAUCUAUGGGACGGACCACAUCCUUUACCACGUGAUAGGUCUACAGCUACACCCCUGGGUUAAGUAUAUGGCCAUGAUGGAGGUCACUUGAGUUUCAGUAGAUGUUAGAUCUUCUUGAUCCUGUCAGCAAGACUAUCUGAUAAAACAGGGACUAUGUGGAAAUAUUUAAGAUUUUGUAAAACCGCAUAUUUGACCAUUGCAACACUGGUAAGUACUGAGUUAAUAAUCUACUUCUACGCUGAAAACCAAGUGUGUCCAAUUUAAGCAAAAAAACAGAUCCCACUCCCACUGUAAGGAGCCUGUUAAACCAGGUCUGGGGGUAUCAUCCAGAUUAAUGAAUUUUCUGAUGUCUUUGUUUUCCAGAUCUCUUUAAUUAACAUUAAAGAUAAUAGAAAACUUUAUAGGGAUAGAAGUGCAACGUUCUUUCUCUAAGACGGCACAUGUUCUGCCUUGAGAAGGCAAUAACAUGUCUCGGAUGACUCUGUUUUAACCCACUGCCUGUUCAAUCUUGUAAAUUUCUCAGGCAAGGAGAUCCUUGGGCUUUGUGGCACUGUCUGGUUCUUCUGUGAGUCUCUGUACCAGAGCAUGUAGAGUUCUUUCACCACUCUUUGGACCCUCUUUAAAGUGUGAAAUAGGUAUGCCUGAGGCCAGAAUAAAACAGUGCAGAAUUGUUCAUCAAAGAUUAAGAUUUGGGACAUUAAAUUGAGGCUCACGUUUCUCGUUCUUGCAUUGAGAGGUGUAGAGACUGUAUUUUCUUAGUAGAAAUCAAUGGGCCACAUGGACUCAGAGUAGUAUCAGGGAAUUUCCUGAGAGUAGGGCAUCAGUAUAUUGAACUGGCAAGUCCAUGUCCAAUUUGUGGGCAGUAGCCAAUAGUUUUUUUUUCUUUUUAGAACAAAACCAAUAUCAGUCAUUGGGAGCCACAAUGACCCAUUGUUGGCCUAAACACCCCUAUGAGGUUGUCUGAUUGUGUCCUACAGCUUCGACACAAGUCAACAAGUGUAGUCAAGCACCAGAGAGUGAGAUACACAGUAGAGAUCAGCAGGUAGAACCAUAGUCAAGGAGACUGACUCUUCAUUGUAGGUUCUGUAUAAGAGAGGAACCCUCCACUUGCAUAGUCUCUUACCUCUUAAUCUCUUGCCAAACUCUAUUUGUAUGUUUUGUUGAAGUGCUAAUUUCCAUGAAAAAUACCUAGGUUUCAUUUUAAUGGAGACAGAAAAUUCUCAUUCUUUAUGUGAUGUGAUAGAGGGUCUUCGAUUUUUGGCUAUAUUUUGACUUGUUAUAAUAUUUUCAUCUAUGGAUUCACAAAAGCGUUAAGUUCUAUCACCCAGAAAUCAACUGCUUCACUACAAGGAUUGGUACUAAAGGAAACUGGGUGACUUUCAAAGGAAAGUGGUUAUAAAUCUCCAAUGGUUGGUUGAAUUAUAUGUUUGAGCCCUGGAGUGGCUAGGCAUGCAAAGAACAGUGUUAAGAAUAGGGGUCUAGAGGCCAGCCCAGUGCUGCAGCAGUUAAAUUUGCAUGUUCUGCUUUGGCAGCCCGUUGUUGGCUGGUUCAGUCCCAGGUGCAAACCCUUGUACCGCUUGGCAAUCCAUGCUGUUAUAGGCAUCCCACAUAUAAAGUACAGGAAGAUGAGCACGGAUGUUAGCUCAGGACCGGUCUUCCUCAGCAAAAAAGAGGAGAAUUGGUGGCAGAUGUUACCUCAGGGCUAAUCUCCGCCCCCCCCCCCCCGAAAAAAAAGAAUAGGGGUCCAAAUGGGUGCCAUAGUUCAAGGUAGCAAAUAUCUACUCACUAUCCAGAACCUUAAACCAGUAGAGAGAAGAAAAAUAACUCGGCAAAUAAAUAAAACAUGUGAAGAUACAUAUGGCAAUCAGUGUUCUAGGCAUUUGAGAUCUAGUUCCAACAUCUCCGGUGGAAGCUUUCUACUUUACAUUGACUUGAGGUCUUAGGUGAGCAAUCUCCUUUCUAAAGUGUCAGCUUCUGAAACAUUCACAAGAAUCUUUAGUUUGAGAUCUCCAUUUCAGAUGGCUUUUUGGUGGUAUAAGGUGGCUUUGUGUCUUCUUAAGUGGGUGAUGAGAAUCUGGAGAUCAAUCCUUUAUAAUCUGAUCAUAGAGUGGUGGUCAGUAGAACCUGAUAAGAGCCCCUCUCAUUAGAUUUGGGAGCUACCUUUCUCUGACGUCCCUUCUAGAGGGCCAGGUUUCCAGGUUUUAGGUCAUAGAGGCAGUGAUUGGGAGGAUGCCAAGGAACGGCUGCCUCUGUCUGUUGAUGAUAAAACUGAGUAUAUUGCAUUAAUCUCUUGCAGUAUUAAGCUAUAACUGCCUGAAUAGGGUGUAGGCUGGGAUUGUGGGGUGAUGUUAUCAGAGAUAUGGUCUGGAGAGUUACUGACUCAUAAAGAGUGAGUUGACGAACUCAAGAAGGAAUUGACCUCAUGGUCAUUAAGGCCAUUGGUAAGCCCUUUGUCUAUAGAAGUCCAAGAGUCUCAGAGUUUUUUAGUGGCUUUAAUUGUAAAAUACCCUUUUGUCCUCUUGCCUUUUCCUCAAUAUUGAGGAUGGUAAAAGCAAUAAAGUUUUAGAGUGCCAAGGCUUUGCAGAUUUCUCUAAUGACAAUUCCAGUGAUCUAGAUUUUUCUAUUAAUGAAGAGAUGGUUUGGGGUUCCUCAAGUAGGGAAGAUGAAAGGAAGCUGUCUUUUAGCUACUGUGUAAGCUGAGCUUUGACAAGGAAAAGCCUCUAGUCAUCUCAAGAAUAAGCAAAACAUGACCACAAUGUAUCCAGAAUCCACUGGGGAAAAAUUCUAUAAAUUCCAUUUGGAAAUGCUCUGAGUGGUGCUGAAGCCUGGGCUUUUGUCCAUGUCCCAUAUUUACAGUUUCCCCAGCAUUUUUUUGGUAACAGAUGAGGCACGCAGAAACAUCCUCAGUAGCUUCAGUAAAGAUUCUCCAUCAACAGUGAUCAAGUACGGUAGCCAACUUCAUGUAAAAAUAUCCCAGGGUUCAUUUUGACCCUGGUGGCAAGUUGGCCUGUCUCCAGAUACUUGGGCGGGUGCUGCUGCCCCUCAGGGGCAGUGAGUGAACAUUUGCCACUGGAUCAAGAAAAAGGCUAUCGUAAGCCUUUUGCCUCUAGUCCCCAGUUAGCUCGGUAAAACUUGGAAGGCUUUGUGGAUGAGUGAGCAGAAAGGUUGAUGGUUAGGUAGAGCCUUUGUGGGAAAUUAUUGGAGGGCUAAUAUUAGAUUACAAAAAUGCCUGUUCAUGGUUAAGUCCUGUAUCAGUUACCUGCAGCUUCUCCAAACUUAGCGCCUUACCACAACAGAAGUUUACUGUCCCACAGAGCUAGAGGCCAGAAGUCUGAAGUCAGCUUGUUGGCAUGGCUGUGUUCCUUCUGAAGGCUCUAGAGUAGAACACUUCCUGCCUAUUUCAGCUUCUGGUCACUGCAGGCAUUCCUUUGCUUGUGGCUGCAUCACUCCACUCUCUACGCUUCUUCGUAGGACCUUCUUUUCUCUCUGUGUGUCUCUACUCUGUGUCUCUUUUAGAGACACACAUCAUUGGAUUUAGGGUCCACCCAGAUAAUUCGGAGUAAUCCCAAGAUUCUUAACUAAAUUACAUCUGAAAGAGCCUUUUUCCAGGAGAGGUCACAAUCACAGGGUCUGGGACGUGGACAUGUCUUUUGGGGGGCACUAUUCAAUCAACUACAGGUCCUGGGAAUGGGGUGCUCUGACAUUGAGGACUUAGUUUAAGUCACAGAAGUGUGAUAAUUAAAAAAAUGUUAGGAACUCACUUUCUGCAACACCCAGUGUGACCCUAAAUCCUCUUUAUUUGUCUCUUAGUAUCAAGAUUGGGUAUUGUGAAUGGCUUGUAACCCUUGUGAGGGAUUUGCCUCCCUGAGGUAGGCUAUGCCCUAGGUAAUGUACCUUGUUCUGCCAAAAUUGUAUGUUUCCCCUAGAAAACUUAGAUUCUUUGUGAACAAAAAUAGUAAGUAAGUAAGUAAAUGAAUCUGUUUUGGAGCUUAUCUUAUUCUUAGAAUGUAGCAAAAUGUCACUGAUAAGAGAGGAAUCAUGGAGAAAUUUAGUUUUUAAGAUCUAAUUAAAAACUGUAGGAAGCAGAAGGGGUUUCUGUAAACCUUUGGGGCCUAACUAUUAUCCUUCCCAGGAGAAGGCAAACAACCAUUGGUAUCCUGAUGCAGAGGGUACUGAGGAAGGCAGUGGACAGGUGUAUGAUUGUAAAGAAAGUGGCUUCAGGUGGCUAUAAGGAUAGGAGAGUAAUGGUGUUUAGUACCACAGAAAAAUGAUGUAUUCCAUCAUUUACAGCUCCGAAGUCCAGGACAAAUCAAGAGUCUUGCCCCUUGGAUUUCUUUGUCAGACUCCUACAUGUUGCAACCAGUUGUACAUCGAUUAGCCCAGAAAGGACUCCCUGCACAGCACACUGGAAUGCCUGAGAGAUCCUUGCAUGUAUACAUCUCAAGGUGGUGUAUCACAUGAAUUGAUGUGUGGAUUGUGAAUCAUCCUUGCAUCCCUGGAAUCAAUCCCACUGAUUGUGGUGUGUGAUCCUUUCAAGAUUGGGCACCUAAACAGAAACUGCACUUGUAGUAUGAAGAAGGGAAGAGGAAGAACAAGCCGGAUCAGAAGACGAAAACUCUUCAGAAGUUCUGAAUCAAGAGGAGUGAAUGAGAGCUACAAGCCUGAAUUUAUAGAGCUGAAGAAGUGGCUGAAAGAGAGGAAGUUUGAAGACAUGAACUUAACACCUGCCCGUUUUCCAGGUACUGGAAGAGGGCUGAUGAGCAAAAUAUCCCUGCAGGAGGGACAGAUGAUUAUUUCAUUGCCUGAGAGUUGCCUGCUCACCACGGACACAGUGAUCAGAAGCUACUUAGGGGCGUACAUUGCUAAGUGGCAGCCUCCUCUGUCUCCUCUUCUGGCUCUCUGCACCUUUUUGGUUGCAGAAAAGCAUGCUGGGGACCGGUCUGUCUGGAAGCCUUACCUGGAGGUUUUACCGAAGGCCUACACCUGCCCUGUUUGUUUGGAGCCGGAAGUGGUGGAUCUUCUUCCCAAACCAUUGAAAGCAAAGGCCAGAGAACAGAGAACCCGCUUGCAGGAGUUCUUUACUUCCUCCAGAGACUUUUUCUCUUCCCUGCAGCCUCUAUUUUCCGAGGCUGUUGAGAGCAUCUUUAGCUACAGUGCCUUCCUGUGGGCUUGGUGCACCGUCAACACCAGAGCUGUGUACAUGAAGCCCAGGCGGAGGCGAUGCUUUUCCGUAGAGCCAGACACCUACGCGCUCGCUCCAUACCUGGAUCUGCUCAAUCACAGCCCAGACGUCCAGGUGAAAGCAGCAUUUAAUGAGGAAACUCGCUGUUAUGAAAUUAGAACAGUUUCAAGUUGUAGAAAACAUGAAGAGGUAUUCAUCUGCUAUGGCCCUCAUGAUAACCAACGGCUACUCCUGGAAUAUGGAUUUGUUUCCAUCCACAACCCUCAUGCUUGUGUUUAUGUCUCAAAAGAUAUACUUGUUAAAUAUCUUCCAUCAACAGAUAAACAGAUGAAGAAAAAGAUUUCCAUUUUAAAGGAUCAUGACUUUAUAGAAAAUUUGACAUUUGGAUGGGACGGGCCAUCCUGGAGGUUACUCACAGCUCUCAAGUUGUUAUAUCUGGAAGCUGAAGAGUUUACGUGCUGGAAAAAAGUACUUCUUGGGGAAAUAAUUUCAGAUACAAAUGAGAAGACAAGUUUGGACGUAGCCCAGAAAAUAUGCCGUUAUUUCAUAGAAGAGACUAAUGCUAUGCUUCAGAAGGUUUCUCGUAUGAAAGCUGAAGAAAUCGCUUUGAUAAACCAGCUUACUUUAGUGGAAACAUUGUGGACAGAAGAACUAAAGAUUCUCCAGGCAUCUGCUGGGAUCCUCAACAAUUUGCAAACAGCUUUUACAUAACUUCACCCAAGUGUGUUUGAUCACCUCCUGUGGUGGGUGUGGCUUCUUAAAUGUUUUUAAACUUCCUUAAACAUUUUUAAACUAAGGUUCUUUUAUAUAGAAUCAUUUACAGUCAAUGAACAGCUUCUAUUAAACAAUUGUG